CCUUGUCCCAUCUCAGCCCUGGGUGCAAGGUGUCCUGGAUCCCCAGAACCAAGAUAGUGAGGACUGGGGGCUGGCAGUCCAGGAGGGACAGAAGGCUUUCCUGGAGCCGGCUGGGCAGUCUAUCAUUCACCCUCUGUCUGGCCUUAGUAGGUUCCAGUCACUGACUUGGUGCCCCUCUCAGCUAUCUGCCAUGGCCUGGGGACUGCCCAACACUGCCAGCCUGGCACGCUUCUGCCAAAAGCUGAACCGGUUAAAGCCACUGGAAGAGUCCAGCAUGGAGACAUCUCUGCGGCGCUGCUUAUCUACACUGGACCUGACUCUACUGGGGGUGGGUGGCAUGGUGGGAUCAGGUCUCUAUGUGCUCACAGGCACUGUGGCCAAAGAUAUGGCUGGCCCUGCCGUUCUCUUGUCCUUUGUUGUGGCUGCUGUGGCCUCUCUGCUGGCAGCCCUGUGCUAUGCAGAAUUCGGAGCUCGUGUACCCCGCACUGGCUCCGCAUACCUGUUCACCUAUGUGUCCAUGGGUGAAGUGUGGGCUUUUCUCAUAGGCUGGAAUGUGCUUCUGGAAUACCUCAUUGGAGGUGCAGCUGUGGCCCGUGCCUGGAGCGGCUAUCUGGAUGCCAUCUUCAGCCAUACUAUUCGCAACUUCACUGAGUCUCAAGUGGGUGUAUGGCAGGUGCCCUUCCUGGCCCACUACCCAGAUUUCCUGGCUGCUGGCAUCUUAUUGGUGGCUUCUGCCUUUGUCUCCUGUGGAGCCCGAGUCUCCUCCUGGCUCAACCACACCUUCUCAGCCAUCAGCUUGAUUGUCAUCCUCUUUAUCAUUAUCCUGGGUUUCAUCCUGGCUCGUCCCCACAACUGGAGCUCUGAGGAGGGUGGCUUUGCACCCUUUGGCUUCUCUGGCGUUAUGGCAGGUACAGCCACCUGCUUCUAUGCCUUCGUGGGAUUCGACGUCAUUGCUGCCUCCAGUGAGGAGGCCAAGAACCCACGGCGGGCUGUGCCCAUGGCCAUUGCCAUCUCCCUUGGCCUGGCAGCUGGUGCCUAUAUCCUCGUCUCCACCGUGCUAACCCUCAUGGUACCCUGGCACAGUCUGGAUCCUGACUCAGCUCUUGCUGAUGCCUUCUACAGGCGGGGCUACAGCUGGGCUGGCUUCAUCGUGGCAGCUGGCUCCAUCUGCGCCAUGAACACCGUCCUGCUCAGCAAUCUCUUCUCCCUGCCACGCAUCGUCUAUGCCAUGGCUGCUGAUGGGCUCUUCUUCCAGAUUUUUGCCCGUGUUCAUCCCCAGACACAGGUGCCGGUGGUGGGCAUCCUGGUGUUUGGUGUCCUCAUGGCUUUCCUGGCACUGCUGUUGGACCUUGAGGCACUGGUCCAGUUUCUGUCCAUUGGUACCCUCUUGGCCUAUACCUUUGUGGCUGCCAGCAUCAUUAUACUGCGCUUCCAGAAGGCCUCUCUGCCCAGCUCCCCUGGCCCGGCCAGCCCUGUUCCCACAACUAAGAAAUACCAGUCCUUCUCCGACCACAUACAGCUAGUGGGUGCUGAUCAACCUUCCAUCCCUGAACCUGGACAACUGCGGCCGGCCCUGAGGCCCUACCUGGGUUUCCUGGGUGGGUGCAGCCCUGGAGCUGCUGUGACAUGGGCGCUUGGGAUCCUGGUGGCCUCAACCAUCAUCCUGGGCUGCGUGCUGGUCUUCGGGGACUCAGCCCUUCACCUCCCACGGUGGACCUACACCCUGCUGCUUGUGAUCAGUGGUGUCAUGUUUCUGCUCAGCCUGCUUGUCCUGGGGGCUCACCAGCAACAGCAGCAGCGAGACACCUUCCAGAUCCCCUUGGUGCCCCUGACACCAGCCCUCAGCAUCCUCCUCAACAUCUGCCUCAUGCUGAAGCUGAGCUACCUGACCUGGCUGCGCUUUGCCAUCUGGCUGCUGAUUGGACUAGCUGUGUAUUUCGGCUACGGCAUCUGGCACAGCAAGGAGAACCAAAGGGACCCACCGGAGCUCUCCACCACACGCUAUGUGGUGUUCUCCAGCGGUGGCCUGGAGGAGACCGUGCAGGCUGUACAGCCCCCCUGUCAGACACCAGCCCAGGAGCCUGGCUACAUGGAAUAGUUGGCUGGUCUGUGAAGGAGGCUCAUUAUUUCCCUGUCUCAUCCAUCUCCUUGAGAGGCCAGAAGGCUUGGAGU